AUGUUGCAUCCAAAUCUUAAAAGUUUUAAUCAUGCACCACAUAAAAAAUAUUAUGCAGAAGUAUUAUUAAAAUCAGAAUUUGAUAAAUAUCAACAAUUUGAACAACAACAGUUAUUGUCAAAUAAUAAUAAUAUGAAUAUUUUAAUAUAUUGGAAUAAUAAUAAAUCAUUAUAUCCUAUAUUGACUAAAAUAGCUCAACGUUUAUUAGCUAUUCUAGCAACUAAUAUCCGUGUAGAACGUCUAUUUUUCGAUAGUGGAAAUACAAUAACGAGUCAUCGUACACGUUUACAAACAAGUAAAGUUGAUCAAUUGUUAUUUAUACACCGAAAUAUAUCAACAUUAAAAGAAUUAUUUCCACCAUCAAUUGAACAAUUAACAAAAAGAAAAAUAACAAUACUUCAAUAA